CUUGUUAAACGUUCAAAAUUACUCUCUUGUCCUCUUCCUCACGGAUUCUCCAUUCUGAAGUAUCAUAGAUCCUCAUCCCCACCUCCACUUUAAUUCAAACUUCAAAUUUCAAACUUAUAUUCUCUCUCUCUCUCUCUCUCUCAUUUUUCAAAGGGGGCUGUCAAUAUAUAUAGAUAGAAGGAUAUGGAGCUAUAGAUACUGCUCCAAGUUGACUUGUGCAUCUCCAUAUGGUAGUGGCUAGGAAUUGGGUUUUGGGGUGUAGUUGCAUCUGCAAAAGGGUUUCUUCACAUGGGAGAUUGUCUCACAAAGAUUGAGUAGUGAAGUUGGGGACUUUGGAGCUCAAAACUUUUGACUGAUCAUUAAGCCUAUUACUGCUCUUCCUCAGUUGAUUGCAGCUUUGAGUUGAUCAAAUGCCGAGAUCAAGGGGAUCAGAGAUGCCUCAGAGACAAUCUCCCAGAGGCCCACUGCAGCUGAGAUCAUCUAGCUCUGAUUCUGACCCGUUGCAUCAUCGACCGAUUACUGACAGGAGCCCGAAGCUAGGUGGCGAUCGUCGAUCGCCGAGAGGUGUCCAGUCUGAUCCCCUGAACCAGAAGAAACUUGGUACUCGGAUUGCAGACCUAGAAUCUCAACUUGGCCAAGCACAGGAAGAGCUCAAAACUCUGAAGGAUCAGUUGUCCUCUGCAGAGGCUGCAAAGAAGGAAGCUCAAGAACAAUUGAAAACGAAAAGUAAGAAACCGAAUGCUGCUUCAAAUAGAGUGGAAGUCCUGGAUAAGCAUCCUCGAACUGGAGAACAAGAGUCGAACAGAAGAGAUUGCGGCACCAGACAUGAUGUUCCUGAUGACAGCCAACCUGAAACUGAUGUUUUCGAAGUUCCAAUGGAGAAGGUGAAAGUGGAACCCGGUGUUGAACGUAGUAAACCAGUGGAGCAAGAUCAGGAGAUGAAACCAAUCAGCACCAUACCAGCGAACGAAUCACCAGAGCCGCCGCAGAAGCCGACAUUUGAUGAUUUUGCCUUGAAGGAUGAUGAGAUAAACUUGUUGAAAACCAAGUUGGAGGAGAGGGAGAAGGAACUUGAAGUGUUUCGUCAAGAGAGCGAAAGCUUGAAAGGACAGCUGAGUGAAGCAGGAGCAGAGAUGUCAACAAGACGAGCCAAGGAAGAGGAAACGGCUUGGAGGUUGAGCGAACUGGGAGAGCAGCUGGAAGCAAGUAAAGCCAAUGAAAUGCAGCUGAAGGGGAAGCUGGAAGCUGUGGAAGGGGCCAAGCAGGCACUGGAAGCUGAAAUGAAGAAACUGAGAGUGCAGACAGAGCAGUGGAGAAAAGCGGCCGAUGCUGCAGCUGCGGUGCUUGCUGGAGGAGUGGAGAUGAACGGGAGACGGAUGUCUGAGAGGUGCGGAUCCAUGGAUAAGCACCUCGGCAACAUGUUUGAGCCAUCGGUUGGCGGGUACACAGGCUUUGUUGGUUCUCCCGGCCUCGGUGACGAUAUAGAUGAUGGUUUUGGGGGUGGAAAGAGGAAAGGCUCUGGUAUUAGAAUGUUUGGGGACCUGUGGAAGAAGAGGGGCCAGAAAUAAUAACAAUCUCUCAUUGUUAAUGGGAAAUCUAUCUUCUUUGCUUAUGUAGUAGUCUUCUCUGCUAGUGUAAUGAUGAUUGAUACAUCAGUCUGCCUUUGUGUUCA